UGGAGAGAAGUGAGACGGGGGAGGAGGAGGGGUAGACAGCCUGGCAGACAGGUGCGCGUUGAUAGUCUGUUUCAUUUUCUCUCGGUCCGUUUAAGUGAUAGAGCCAUGGAUACCCGUAAGGAAAGCAAGGUAAGAAGACAACCCAUGAAACCCAAAACGACGAAGCCAAAGGAGAAGAAAUACAAAUCUGGGAGGUUUACUAGACGGAAAUCGCUUCGAUCUUUUGGGAAUUUCAUGGGAAGGAUCCUUAAAACUUUGGGCACUUUAGCGCACUUUGGCGACGCGGAACAGCAGGACGCAGAAGACGACGACGGCGGUUUCGGGCAAAGCGCGUCGGGUGGUUUUAAAGAUAACUGUUCGCAGAUCUCCAGGGAAGGAACCGUAAAGAAGAGCUCCACGGUUUCGUCCAUUCACGGCUCGGUGAAAGACAGGCUGUCGUGGUGCUACGGCGACAAGACCCCGGGAGUGCUGGGACUGAAGAACCACGGCAACACCUGUUUCAUGAACGCCGUGGUUCAGUGCCUCAGCAAUACGGACCUGCUCGCCGAAUACCUCGGGUUGGAGCAAUAUAAGUCGGAUAUUUGCCUCCAGAGGGUGAACGGGGAGGUGAGAGGAGCGGAGUCGCAGACCGCCAGGGGAGAGGUGACAGAGCAGCUGGCGUCGCUGGUUCGAGCGCUUUGGACGCUGGAGUACACGCCGCAGCUGUCUGUGGAGUUCAAGAGCAUUGUGGCCAAAUAUGCAUCUCAGUUUCGUGGAAACUCUCAGCAUGAUGCCCUCGAGUUCCUCCUCUGGCUUUUAGAUAGAGUUCAUGAAGAUGCCAAUUCCAGCCCUGACAACAACAACAGCAGCACUAAGACCAAAGCCAAUGCCAAGGGGGCAAGUCCAUUGGAUCAUGCUUCCAGUCCCAGUGUAGCCAGCAUACAGCAACCUCGAGGGCGAAACAGUUUUGUCCACGAACACUUCCAGGCUCAGUACAGGUCUUCUCUGACGUGCCCCCAUUGCCUUAAGCAGAGCAACACCUUUGAUCCAUUUUUAUGCAUCUCUCUGCCUAUUCCUCUACGACAAACCAGGCCAAUGUGUGUGACGUUGGUGUUCAACACAAAGGGUCAGAGGCAUCUGCGAGUGGGGCUGGCUGUACCGCUGUUUGGCUCCCUGUCCAGUCUGAGAGCUUUGGUAGCAGCGGAGGGCAACAUCUCUCCUGACCAGGUCAUCCUGGUGGAGUUGUAUUCCACGGGGUUCCAGCGUUCCUUCUCAGAUGAAGACGACCUGACUGCAAUUGCUGAUAGCGAUGUUGUCUAUGCCUUCCAGGCUCCUUCACUCUCCAGUCGUGGAGGCUCCGCACAACACUCAGGGUAUCACCACAGCCUCCCUUCCUCCCCCUACGCCUUCACGGCUGGACCUGAUGGUCAGAGGUUACCUCCAUCUGGCACCCUCUCCUCUGAGUAUCUGAACCAGGGUAACUCCAAGGUCCUCCUCCUCAUCUGCAACACAGCAGGAUCUGGCUCGCAAGCUGUCAGGUUUGGGCCUCCAUUUCUUAUACUUGAGGACAGGAGUAUCUCCUGGGACCAGCUGCAUCAGAGCAUCCUCAGUAAGCUCUAUUAUCUGAUGCUGAAUGGAUCUCAGGCUCAGAAUGCUGGGGCGUUGUUUAAGAUCAGAGUGGUGGGAGGAUCGGCAGCCUACAGCUACCUGUCCCCACAGGACAGCAGGCCACUGUACCACCCUGCUGUUGACAGAGCUCUGAAGUUCUGCGGCCCAGGAGGACCCCCCCAUGUGAAGCUUGUUAUCGAAUGGGAGCCAAGCACCAAAGAAUGUUUGUUUGGCAGCAUCCAGGAGGAAGUAGUGAAGGAUGCAGAGAGCGUGAGGAACCAGCAGCAACAGCACCUUCAGCAGCAUAGCUGUACCUUGGAUGAGUGCUUUAAGCUGUACACCAAAGAAGAACAGCUUGCACCAGAUGAUGCCUGGAAGUGCCCCCACUGUAAGCAGCUGCAACAGGGUAUGGUGAAGAUGAGCCUGUGGACUCUGCCAGACAUACUGAUCCUCCAUCUCAAGCGCUUCCGUCAGGUUGGAGAGCGAAGGAACAAGCUGUCAACACUCGUGCGUUUCCCUCUAACUGGUCUGGACAUGGCACCGCAUGUAGUGAAGCGAAGCCAGAGCAUGAAGAACCUCAAUAUGGGGCCAUCACCACCUUCCUGGAAACAGCACUCAGGCCAGCCACACCAAGCUGCUGACAUGAUGCUUCCUCAUGAAUUCCUGUAUGAUCUUUAUGCUGUGUGUAACCAUCACGGAGGAAUGCACGGAGGACAUUAUACUGCUUACUGUAGGAAUUCAGUGGAUGGUCAGUGGUAUAGCUACGACGACAGCAGCGUAGACCUGGUGCAAGACGAGGAAGUGUGCACAAGGGGCGCUUACAUCCUUUUCUACCAGAGACGAAACACCAUUCCCCCAUGGUCAGCCAGCAGCUCCAUCAGAGGCUCCACAAGUUCAUCAGUGUCAGACCACUGGCUAAUCAGGCUGACGGGGGACAGUAAGAGAGGCAGUCUGGUGUCUCAUACAUCCACCACCUGUCCAUCUUCCUUACCUGACUCUCCAGAGUCUCCAGUCUUCCUGGACAAUGGCUUCAAAGAUGAAAGAGGUGGAUUUGAGAAGAGGCCAUUUGUCAGAGGUCUUCAGGGGCGCAGCAUGAGCCUGAGAGCCCCCAGCAAAAACAAGGAUACCUUAAGCAGAGUGCUUCCAAUGCGCUGGUCCUUUGGUUCCAAGGACAGACGAAAACCUGACCCAGUCCCUCCCCCUGAACCUGAUCCUGCCCCUGUAGAACUAGUGCAGUACUUGGAAUCUGGUCGGCGUCCCCGGUGCACAAAGGAUCCAAUAGCGACAUUAAUGAAUGAACCACACAGCACAAAGGAAGCUGCAAAGAGCCGUGCUGCAGCCAAUGUUCGUUCGUCUAGCGUUGGAAGUAUAAGUUGUGUGGGUAAGACGGGGGAGGAGCCGCCAUUUCUAAAGGUCCCAGAGGGCCAGAAGUGGCCAUCAGAUAAAGCAGCUAGUCUGAGACGUAGCAAGGGGAGCCAGGCUAAGGAUGAGAGCACUGUGAAUAUCAGGAGCAGCUCCAGCACUAACACUCUAACCAGGAGGAAGGAUGGAAGAAAACAGAGCUCCUCCAAAUCUUCACAGGAUACUGAGACAAAACGGAGAUCCAGUACUGGAGUUCAGCCCAGCUACAGCACACCCAGUCUCCAAGAUGGAACUCUGAGAAGACAAAAGGGAGACAGGGCUGAUAGGGAACGCCACAGCACACAAGAAGAAAACUCUAAGAACAAGAAAGCAGACGUGCCUAAGAGCCAUGACGGAAUACUGUCCUUCUUUAAAGGUAGCUUCCUGAAGAAGGAUAAAGAUUCAAGGAAACCCACUGAGGAUGAGUCAGGGAGAGCAGUAGUUGAAGAAGAAAGCAGAAGGACCUUGUCGAGGCCAUCACUGUCCAAUGGAGCAGCUGGAGGCCGAACCGGAGAAGAAAGAGGCAAGUCCAAAAGCUCAGGCCAUGUGGUUAAUGAGCAGGUAAACGGUAAGGUGGGACGCAAAGCAACUGAAAUCAAACGCUCCCAGAGCUCCACCAACAUCCCAACAAAAGCAGAGCAGAGCGUGCGUAGGACAGCAUCUUUGCACCGUAAUGGGAUGUCAACAACGCCAGCAUCAUCACGCAGUCUGACAAGCGACAAACCAUCUCACGGCACCUUGCAGAGGACUCGUUACAGCACAACCUCACUGGGGCGCAAAAAGACAGUCCCUGAGUCCAGCUUCUAACACAGAGACACAUAAAGCCUUUUUCCUGAAAGAAAGUGAAGGACAUUAAAUCUCCAAGAUCAAAGCAAUAGUGCUCCGUUCACAGUAAUACACCUUUUUUGUUCCUGGAAAAUUAAUCAAGUCAAGUAGUUUGCUCCAUGUAAGACAGAAUAAAUGAAAGGUCCUCUAAUGCUCAAGAGGGCAUUAAUGAACAAAAUUAGGUGAUAUGAGGGGGGCCUUCUCCAUUCUAUUUUUUACGACCCAAAUAAGUGCCUGAUCAGCCGAUAUGCAGUUUAGACCAAUUGGUUUGUGUCAGUUUAGAACUGAAAGCACGC